CGCUAUUCGAUCCUCGGUUUCCUCUCGUCGGGCACCUACGGCCGCGUCUACAAGGCGCGAGGAGACGAUGAGGGCGAGCUGGUCGCGAUCAAGAAGUUCAAGCCGGACAAGGAGGGCGAGGUCGUCACCUACACGGGCAUCUCGCAGUCGGCCUGCAGGGAGAUCAUGAUCAACCGCGAGAUCUCGCACGAGAACGUGACGGCGCUGCGGGAGGUCAUGCUCGAGGAGAAGAGCAUCUACCUCGUGUUUGAGUACGCCGAGCACGACUUCUUGCAAAUCAUCCAUCAUCACUCGUCGACCCGCACCCAGCUCCCGCUCGGCGUCCUCAAGUCGCUCCUGUGGCAGCUCUUCAACGGCGUCAGCUACCUGCACGACAACUGGAUCAUCCACCGCGACCUCAAGCCGGCCAACAUCCUCGUCAACGAGAAGGGCCAGGUCAAGAUUGGCGACCUCGGCCUCGCGAGGCUGUACCAGGAGCCGCUCCAGAGCCUCUACACGAGCGACAAGAUCGUCGUCACGGUGUGGUACCGCUCGCCCGAGCUCCUCCUCGGCGCCCGGCACUACACGCCCGCGAUCGACAUGUGGUCGAUGGGCUGCAUCUACGGCGAGCUCCUCGGUUUGCGGCCCAUGUUCAAGGGCGAGGAGGCCAAGAUGGAGCUCGGCGCGAAAAAGGGCGGCGUCCCGUUCCAGCGUGACCAGCUCACGAGGGUGCUCGAGGUGCUCGGCACGGUCGACGCCAAGCAGUGGCCCGGCGUCGUCCAGCUCCCCGAGUGGACCAACCUCUCUCGCCUCGACAGGUACCAGGACUGCCUGUCGCAGUGGUUCAACGGCCGACUGCCUCGCGGCGCACCUCCUUCCCUCGCCUACGACCUCAUGCGCCAGCUCCUCAUCUACGACCCGACCAAGCGUAUCACGGCGAGAGCGGCCCUGUGCCACGACUGGUGGGCCCAGGAGCCCAAGCCUCACGUCAAGUGCGUCCUCCUCUCCUCUCGAGGUCUCUGCCGCCUUGGUGUCGCCACAAGCGCCACGACGAGUCGUUCACCGUCGCACUAA